GUCUGCAGGCUCAGAUCGACCUCGGCUCGGGUCGCUCCAGCUUGAGCCUUGACGUAGCAGGCUCGCUCGAGCUAGGCUCAGUGGGGUCGGGGCUCAUCUCCUCCCUCUGUUUCUCGAGCAAACCUUUCCCUUCUCUUGGACAGCGACGACUCGACUGGGCGAGCGGCGGCGCCGUCUGUCACGUCUUCGCCCAGCUCUUUGCCGGCGACGAGCGCAUCCUCCAGCUUCAAGCGGAAGGCGCCGCUUCUUCAAGAUGCCGAGGGCCACGAGCGAUGCAAAGCUUCUGAUCCAGUCCCUGAGCAAGGCGUAUGCUGCCACACCAACAAAUCUUAAGAUUAUCGACCUGUAUGUCAUUUGUGCUGUCGCUACCGCCGUGAUUCAGGUUGCAUACAUGGGAUUGGUUGGGUCAUUCCCUUUCAACUCCUUCCUCUCAGGUGUCCUUUCAUGCAUAGGAACUGCAGUACUUGCUGUUUGCCUCCGCAUUCAAGUGAACAAAGACAACAAGGAAUUUAAGGAUCUUCCCCCAGAAAGGGCCUUUGCUGACUUCGUUCUGUGCAACCUGGUGCUCCACCUGGUGAUCAUGAACUUCCUUGGAUAAGCAACCGCUGUACACCGAGUGGUUAAGAUUUUGUAGCCCCAGAUUGUGUACGCUGAUCAGUGUGUUUAAAUCUUUGGAACUGUCAUAAUGCCGAGUAUCCAUAUGACUUGUCACAGAUUACCUAUGUAAAGACAGAAUUCUUGAGUCCAGUGUUGACAAUGUUAUACUGCGAGCAUUUGCGUAAUUCAAGGAAGUGAAAUGGCUAUAUGUUACAUCA